AUGCGCCGUAACUGGAGAGGUCGUUACAGAAAUAACUGGAAUCGCUCAAAGAAAAGCAAUAUAAGUGCCGACAAUCGAAGUAUAAACAAUUCAUCAACGUCCUCACGUCUUUCAAGUAGUGCAGGUUCGUCGCGAGCGCCAGCAAAUCAAGUUCCCUUGGCAGUUCCAAUUACUACGGAAAAUAAUAUAUGGAAACUGUACUUUCCUUCACAAGAAAAUCCAUCGACUCCACAAAUAGUUGAUCAGAUAAAGAAUUUAACAACUUACAUUAAUAAACAUAAGAGUUUAUUUGACUUGGAGAAAAUUGAUUCUACACGGAGUGUCCCUUUAGAUGUGCAGAACUUGCAGAGUGACUCUGAUUUCUCUACUGGAUGGCCAACCUUCAAUAAUGAUCUAUUUGAAAAACCUGAGAGUACCUUAAGGUUGUUGGAGUACUGUUUACAUGAGAACCUAAAAUGUGAAUCUAAAAUUAAAGUAAGAAUACUUAAUCAUCAGCCUGUGAUUUCCCUGGCUAAUCUAAAAGUUAAUUACUUUGGCAAAUUGGUGACAAUAAAAGGCACUGUAAUUAGAGUAGGGAGUGUUGGUCUGAUUUGCACAUCUAUGGCUUUUGAAUGCAUGAGCUGCCACAGUGUUCAGGCUGUAAUGCAACCACAAGGGCUUUUCACAGCGCCAAAUUUUUGUCAGAAUUGCCAAAGUGGUUCCAAAUUUGAAACCCUACAUUCUUCACCAUUCACAAAUACAAUGGAUUGGCAAAUGGCUAAAAUACAAGAAAUACAAUCUCAAAGCAUUUCAGGAACUAUUCCAAGAAGUGUUGAGAUAGAGCUCCAAGGCGACCUAGUUGGUACUGCUUGUCCAGGAGAUGUGCUUUCUGUAACUGGAAUAGUUCAGGUUAGAGGCGAAAGCAAAGGAGGUGAAGAUGGUAAAAGAGCAGCCAGACUUUUACAAUUGUACAUUGAAGCUACUUCAAUACAUAGCCAAAGAAAUCUAAGCAAUCCUACACUAUCAUUCACUUUGAAAGACUAUUAUGCUAUUCAGGAAAUUCACGCAUCAGAAGACGUAUUCAAAUUGCUAGUACACUCUUUAUGUCCCUCAAUAUUUGGCCACGAGGCUGUUAAAGCAGGUCUUGUACUAGGUUUGCUUGGUGGGACUGAGUAUGAAAAUGGAUCGAGGUCCAAUCCUCACAUUUUGGUUGUAGGAGACCCUGGAUUGGGGAAAUCACAGCUUUUGCAAGCUGCAGCACAUGCUGCGCCCAGAGGUUUGUUUUUAGAUUUUAAGGCUCUAAAAUGUACUAGGUUGCAAUACACCUGGAAAAACUAUUCAGAACCCCCGAAAUACAAAAAUAACAACCAUCUGGAGCUAACCCUGGCACGAGCCAGAACGGAGCUGAGAGAAGAAGCAACAGUCCAAGACGCCAAUGACGUCAUAAGCCUCGUGAAACAUAGCUUGAUGGACACUUUCAGUGACGAAUUUGGAAACAUUCAGCUGUCACGUUCAAUUAAUGGUUCAGGAGUUAGUUCCAGAAAUAAAUUGAAGAAGUUCCUAGAAGCAUUAACAAGGAGAUCACAUCAAUUAGGUAAAGAUAUCUUUACACGCCAAGAGUUGAUUCAAAUACACAAGGCGGCUGCAGUUGCGGGCGACCCCAAUGAUCUCAUAGAAGCAAUGCAUUUACACUCUUAUUUACUCCUCAAAGGAUCUAACACAUACCAGUUGAUAGCUCUAUAAGAUACUUAUUUUUAUUACCCGAAUACAUUUUUUAUGUUUCAAUUUCUUUGUUCUUUUUCCAUUUUUUAUGUUUGUUGAAUGAAUUGUAUUUCUAUGAACUAACAAUUUACAUUCAUAGAAUGUCUGUAUAGUUGUA